AUGAAUGAAUUGAUUGGUAUACUACAAAACUUUAUUGAAUUAAAAUCUAUUGCUGUUCAAGCUAAUAACUCAUCAGAACUAGUUAAUAUUGGAUAUACUUUAAAAGAUAUGAAUUCUCAAAAAGUUCACAAUAAAGUUCUUCAUGAAUCUGAUAUCCCAAACAAAUCAUCACAAAAAUGUUCUUAUUGUAAUAGUACUGGUUAUUAUGCUAAGACUUGCAAAUUAAAUCCUAAGAAUAA